AUGUCGAAAAAUUGGAAUGAAAAUAUAGAAACAUUUGCUAAACAUAUACAAAUUUAUAAAACAUUAGCUCUUCGAUGGCAAAUCAAUCCAAGUUUUCUUCAUCGAAAUUUAAAAUAUGUUCAUAUUGCUCGAACAUCAAUACGUUCUAAUCGUAUACCAAAUCAAAAUAUUUCAAUAGACGAAAUCUUUAAAUCACGUUUAGAUGAAAGUAUGAAUAAAACAUCAUCAUUAUUACGUGGUGAUGCUUUUAAUUUACAUUUACGUGGAUGGUCAUAUGAUUCAAGCUGUCUAACAGAACGACGUGGUAUUAAACAUAAUGUUUCAUUUGAUUUAUCUGCUUCAUGCGUAGAAAAUUGUUUACUUCAUACAUCAAAUGUAUCUCGAACAAUGAAACUUGGUCGAAUUGAUUCAGUAUUACCUCAUGGUGUAGCAUCAUCAAUGAAUGAUGAUGAUGAUGAAUCAUCAACAAUUUCAUUUCAUGUUUCAACUAAAUAUACAUAUAUAUUAACAUUUUCAAGUACAAUUACAGCUGGUCGUGGUGAUGGAAAUAAAGUUUCAAUGUCGUAUGGAAAACGUAUACAACUUAAUGCAUUAUUCGAUCCUCGACAAGCAAUGUCAACAAAACAAUCACUUGAAAUUCAACUUACACCUGUUUUAAAUAAUGGAGAAGAAAUAUCAAAAACAAUAUCAUUUCAAUUUCCAACAACAUUUACAAUUUAUUUUGAUCUUACAAGAGAAGCAGUUGAAAUGUCAAGAAGUAGUGGUGCGUCAACAAGAAAACGACAACCAAUAUCACCAAGUAAAAUUCCAGCAUCACAUCAACAAGAACAACAAUAUCACGAUCCUAAUGCUAAACGAAUGAAAACAACACAAAAAUCAAAUAGAAAUUCAAAUCAUAGUAAUAAUUUACCAUUAUGGCGUGAUAUUCAAUCUAAUCAUGAUCAUAAUUCAUCAACACAUUUACCACUUUUCUAUAGUUUUCUAACGGAAAAUAAACACUGUUUGGCUACGAGUUAUAUGUCAUCAAAAGGUCAUUGUUGUCUUUGUCAAUUUACAGCUAUUAAUAAUGAUUUAGAUGUAUUAAUCAAACAUUUAUCGUAUUUUCACCCACGUUUUACAGCAUCAUUAAAGAAAAAUAGCGAUCGACCCAAUAUUGAAUUGCGUAUUAAUGCAUUCUAUGAUGGAUCACUUGAUACAUUGGAUGUGUUUUCAGAAUAUUAUCCACGUAAAAAACGUGUUACUAGUGAAUUAAUUCUUUGGCGACCACCACGUUAUCGUCGAUUGGCAAUGGACGAUGCACCAUUUGUUUGUCGUCGAGCAGCAUUAACUCGAGUUUAUCGUCAUACAACAGGUGCACAACCAAUUGAACCUGAACAUAUGCAAGUAGAUAGUGAUGAUGAAAUAUAUCCUGAAUGGACACAACAAUUAUCACGUCGUAUGAUGGAAGAUUUUCAAGAUGUAAAUGAAGGUGAAAAAGAAAUGAUGAUUAUGUGGAAUCAUCAUGUUAUGAAACAUAAUUUUAUUGCUGAUAGCCAAAUGCCCUUUGCUUGUGAAGUUUUUGUUGAAAGACAUGCAAAAGAUUUACGAGAAAAAAAUCUUAUUAAAAAUUUUUAUUUACAUUUGGCUACACUUCAAUUAUAUAAUUUAAUUAAAAAAACAGAUCUAGCAAAAUGUAUUAUUCGUUUAAAAACUAUUUUGGCAUCAUCUCCAUCUGUUUCAACUUCACCAUGA